AUGUGGAAUCUGUUCAUAUUUCUACUACUUGUGGAAUUCUCAGCAAGUGUCACACGAUUUACAAACAUCAAUUGCGAGGUCUUAGAAGCAUCAAAAACAUCAUUUAAGGAGUGCGAACUUAAGGUUUUGGGCCGCGGUAAAAUCGGCUUGAAUCUUCAUAUGGAACUCAAUUUCACAAAUACUACAAAUGUUAAAGAAAAUAUCAGUUUGUUUCGUAGAUUUAGCGGAUUUUGUCCGUUUAUGUUCAACAAAACUUUUGAUUUCUGCAAGUUUAUGGCUAACUCAAAUAGUAAACUGUCCUUUGAGAAACUUGUACUUGGUUCAAUUAGUCAAUUCUCGAAUCUAAAUCACUCUUGUCCAUAUACGAAAGAUAUAAUCAUUCGAAAUAUGUUAUUUAAAGAGGAGUUUCUCGAAUUUUUGCCACUUCCCUCUGGCGAGUAUAGAUUUCAGUUCAUGACACAAAUGGAUAACAUUUGGAAUAUACUGAAGGCUCCAUUUGGUGUAUCGAUAUAG